UGAUUUUUUUUUUUUUUUUUUACUAUAAUCAUUUAUAAGGGAAAUAUUGAACGCAUUCAUGAGAACCACUGCCGUUCAAUUUUAUUUGCCACUUUCUUCAUUUGUGGACCGCUACCACAGCUGACGGAGGUGAGCGCAUCCCCUCUGCGGACCAACUGAAGGACAGCAGCUGCUUCAAGAUGAAGUGCCAGAGAGUCCUAACCUACCUGAGGAUAUUCGGGACCACUAUGUUUGGGGUGUCUCUCCUGGUGGGAAUCUCCACAGCCUACAUCAUGGGCUAUCAGUUCUUCACCACAGCCCAAAAUCAUCUAUCAUUUGGCCUGUAUGGUGCUAUCUUGGUUGUUCAUCUCAUCAUCCAGAGUCUCUUUGCACUCCUGGAGCACAGAAAUAUGCGGCGCUCCUUGGAGACUCCGAUCAAACUGAACAAGUCCUUGGCAUUGUGUAUAGCAGCCUAUCAGGAGGAUCCAAAUUACCUGAGGAAGUGCCUGGUGUCAGUAAAGAGGCUGACAUAUCCAGGGAUCAAGGUGAUCAUGGUGAUCGAUGGGAACUCAGAUGAUGACAUGUACAUGAUGGAAAUCUUUAAGGAAGUAAUGGGAUGGGACAAGUCAGCGACAUAUGUGUGGAGGAGUAAUUAUCACAUCAAAGGUCCAGAAGAGACAGAGGAGAGCUAUGCUGAGAGCCUCCAACAAGUCUCCAAACUUGUGCUCAACAAUAAGUGUGUGUGCAUCAUGCAGAAGUGGGGAGGCAAGAGAGAGGUCAUGUACACAGCUUUCAAAGCACUGGGAAGGAGCGUUGACUAUGUACAGGUGUGUGACUCGGACACCAUGCUGGAUCCAGCAUCAUCAGUGGAGAUGGUGAAGGUUUUAGAGGAGGACCCGAUGGUUGGAGGUGUUGGGGGAGAUGUACAGAUCCUAAAUAAAUAUGAGUCAUGGAUCUCCUUCCUGAGCAGCGUUCGAUACUGGAUGGCCUUCAACAUCGAGCGGGCUUGCCAGUCAUACUUUGGUUGUGUUCAAUGCAUCAGUGGCCCUCUAGGAAUGUACCGAAAUUCUCUCCUGCAUGAGUUUCUUGAAGACUGGUACAAUCAGACCUUCAUGGGAUCCCACUGCAGCUUUGGGGAUGACCGUCAUCUUACAAACCGAGUUCUCAGCCUUGGGUAUGCAACCAAAUACACUGCAAGGUCGAAGUGCCUUACGGAGACACCUAUUACAUAUCUGCGAUGGCUCAAUCAGCAGACUCGAUGGAGUAAGUCUUAUUUUAGAGAAUGGCUUUACAACUCAAUGUGGUUCCACAAGCAUCAUCUUUGGAUGACUUAUGAGGCUGUAAUCACAGGAUUCUUUCCAUUUUUCCUCAUCGCAACUGCAAUCCAGCUCUUCUUCCAAGGACGACUUUGGAAUAUUUUGUUGUUUCUACUCAUUGUGCAAGCAGUGGCAUUGAUCAAGUCAUCAUUUGCCAGCUGCCUCAGAGGCAACAUUGUCAUGGUGUUCAUGUCCUUCUAUUCAGUACUGUAUAUGUCAAGCCUGUUGCCAGCUAAAAUGUUUGCAAUAGCAACUAUUAACAAAUCAGGCUGGGGGACCUCUGGGAGGAAAACAAUAGUGGUAAACUUUAUUGGUCUGAUUCCAAUAACCAUCUGGUUUACCAUCCUAUUUAUUGGGUUUAUUUACACUAUUAUCCAACAGACUAAAAAACCUUUUCCUCACUCAGAGGAGAUUGUGCUCAUCGUUGGGGCAGUGGUCUAUGCCAGUUACUGGGUGAUACUGUUGACACUAUAUGCCGUUCUUAUAAACAAAUGUGGAAAAAGGAAGAAAGAAACUCAUUAUGAUAUGGUGCUGGAUGUAUGACCUUAAUUUAAGAAGCACCACUAACCACUGAACCAGUUUCAGUUUUUAAAUUCCUGUUUACAAAAGUGUUUCCACUCAUAACAACUCUGGUUGCAAAUUGGUUGAAUUCAACUACAACAAGCAAAGGAAGGGUCUAACUGUAACAGUUCAACUCAUGAUCAUGGAGAGUUAAGUGUAUAGGCUAACCAAACACCUUUGAAAACUUACAGUGGCAUAUUUGUCAUUUUUUUAUCAAAGUGGACUUAAAAGAGUGCUAGGCUUUUAAUAUUAGCUACCUCUUACUGCUGUCAUAUCCACUGGGCAUCUGUCUAACGUAUGUAACUUUGCCAGGGAAACUGUGGAUUUUUAGCCUUUCUAUUGGGGUUUAACUUGACAUGAAGAAUAUAUUUUCUCCCAGAGAGUCAUCGUCACUAAGAAAUGUCUGUAAACCACAAGCUGAGAAUAAUCUGUGUUUCUGCAUUGAAAGGGAGCAACAUGGCUGCCAUUUUGGCAGAGGUCAUACAUGUUCUGUAUGACCUCGGAGCAAGUAGCCUCACCAAAUAAAGCAAAUGGUCUGUUUGUUGAUGUGUUCUUACCACAUGAACACGUUACAGGGUAAUAACUUUAAAAGAAGAAAUCUUUUUUUCUCAGUCAUUUUAGUUCUAUGGGGUUUUUUAUGUAGUGUUCACCCCAGACAUUAGUUAAAACCUAAUUAAUCAGCACAUACAAAGAAAUGAAAACAAAUAAGUCCACACAUAAUAUGUGAUACUAUGAGUUCUUCUCAUGAGUUCCACCUAAUGUAUCCUGAAUGGAUUAAAGUCACGUAAUGAACUAUUAUUGCAGCUUUAUCUUCUUUUGAAUGGAAUUGAGAGUUUCCUUGGUUGUGAGGCAGUUGGCUUACUGAUAAAACAUCCCUUUUUUAGAGUUUACAUUCCUUAAUUUAUCUUUAAUUUAGUUAUACUUCAGUGCCACAUGGAUGAAGUCAGCCGCACACCUUCAUGAUCGUACUUUUAAACCUCACUGUUAGUAUGGUGUUUAUUACAUAUGUGCAGUGGCAUUUAUUGUUGAAAUAUCCAGGAACAUUUAUUUGGGCAUUAGCAAUCUGAGAAAACUGGUCUAAUAUUGUAUUUGCUUGUUGGUGUGUUGCACUGAAAACUUUAAAUAAGUCUCAACAAGCUAUUUCUUCAGUGGUGCAGGGUGGUACAGUGGCUUUGCACAGAGAAAUUGAAAUAAAAACAGAAUCACACAAAACACCUGUAGGACAUUCCCUUUGUAAGUGUGUAAUCCUUUACACAUUUACAUUGUUUUCUUUGUAUGUGCAAUUUUCAUUGGUUUUAACUGAUAGACAAUGAGAAUCUCAUCAAUACAUCAUUUAGCAUAAUCCCAGAGAAAAUAUUACUGUUACAGUAUGUAAGUGUUUCCCAAACUAAACAGAUAUAUUUGUUACAAUAUUGAUACAAUUGUUUUUUUUGGUUAUUUUUUUUAAAUAGAUCCCUGCACCGGUUCUCUGUUUCAGUGUAUUUGUUGCAUCCAGGGUAACAUAUUGGUGUGCCUUCUCAGUGUUUUACGUUACAGUACCAGUUUACGAAGCACAAAGGGCUAUAAGAGGGAGAGCUGCUUUCAGCUGCAUUCAUGUCGUAUAGGGAAGCAUCCAAAGACCUCUUUGUGAAAUGCACCUGCUUUAAAGGUACAGGGAUUGUCUCCCGUGUAAUCCACUCUGAGAGGUGCCAACCAACCCGCAAAGUUCCACCCAGAACAUUCUAACUGUGAAGCCACAAUGCUGCCCUUGGCACUGUGCAGCAGGAAUAAUGGAAGCAGCUGUAUGAUUACAGCUGCUUUUAACAUACUAGUCACAGUUUAACUUUAGCUGAAACUUUAGGUAUGUGAAACUGCAAACAGAAUAAGAUGGCAUUCCCUGCUUUUGAUAUUAGCAGAAACAGAGCACUUGCUAUUAUUGCCACAUUUGAAUGUACUGCGGAGAAAGACAUAUCAUCCAUCACAUUUUCUGCAAACUUCUCUUUUCCCUCUGUAUGCCUAAACUUAGCAAUGACUGAUGUUCUUUUUAGAGUAAGCAUGUUGAAUGUAAAUUAUUGCUUUACAUGGUAACAGACAAAUGAUGUAGGUUAACAGAUCCCAUAUGACAUGAAUGCAGGCUAUUUUCAGUGUUUACAACAUUAGAAUUUAUGAACUUGAUCAGAUUGAACAUGUGACCGAAGCGGAAGAUUUUGCAUUACUGCUGCUGUGACUUUAUUUUUGUUGAAACAAUGACUUUUGUUUCCAGACUUUUUUUAAAUAUAAAUGAGGACUGCAUUUUGCAAAGAAAAUUGUUUGUAUCAGUUCACAGAUAAUAUAUUUAUUUCAGCCUAAUCGACAGAGGACCACCAAGCCGUUGAGGUGGAUGUUUUACAAUCCAAGGACUGUGAUUUUUGUUUUCAUCGUAGCUUUGAUCCCUUAUGUUCUUCACAUAUGGUGUUAAGAAGAAUGAAGCCGCAGCUGCUUAUGUUGCCGAAUUCGGUGGAAGGAAUCAAGAAUAAAUAAAGAAGAAAUUGUCACCAUGGGAACAGUACUACCUGAUAAUAGGAAUGUAAAUAAGGGCACUUGAUGGAAAGGAACAUCAUUUUGGGAUGAAACAGGCCACUCUUUGCUGUGGAUCAGGAGCGGAAAUUAGUUUAAAUAUUAUGCACUUUUGCAUCUCUCCUGUUCUUCAGUGUGAUGCUUGAAAUGACCAAGAAAAAAUACCUCUCUGCAUUGCAUCAAGGUGUCAGAAUACUGUCCAAAAACUGAUGCAAUAGGAUGGAUUCUAGGAGUUUAUGGUCUAUUUGUGGUAUUAAAACUGUUAAUAUUUUUCUACACAGUUCCAUAUAAAGACUGGAAGAGCUGGAUUUUUCUGACGUGUCAUUUCUUUUAUGUAGCAGUAUUUUUGUUCAGUAUUUUAUUGCCUUUUGUAUGAAGACAAUUUUUGCUUGUAUACCAAAGAACUAAGUUUUUAAUUUCAUGUUUAAUUUUUUUAUAAGAGAAAAAGUAUGUGCUGUAUUUUCAACUGUUCCAACAGUUACUUAUAUAUCUGACCAAACAAUGUGAAAUUAUGAGCUGGGAGGGGAAGGUUUUCUUUUUGCAAUAACAGUGCUAAAAAAUGCAAUUUGUUGGAAUAAGUUAUUUCUUUUAUUUGUAUUUGAAUAGACAAGCAUCAUAUUUAUUUAAGAUCAUUCUGUGGUUUAUAAAGAAAUCUUUAGAAUAUUGUCAAAUAUCAAAUCGUCAGAGUACAUUUCUACACUGCAAGAAUAAAAUUUGUAUUUUCAGUUUUGUUAGGUAAUUUACUCAUUGAAAUAACUAUUGGUUUCCUGCAUUAUUAGAAAUCAGUUGAAGCUACAAUUAUCCAUAAAGGCAAGCAGACUGAUCAGUUUUUCAUUCAUUUAAUCCCAGAAUAAAUGUGAUUAUUUUCUAAUUUUGUCCUUCUUUUUUUCUGAAAGUGCCUUAUGAAGAAAUUAUAUAUAAAAGAAAUUACCUGGU